UUAUAAAACGUGCGUCCAACCAGACACGUGCUGUAGGUAAAUAGUAAAUACUAAAUACUUGAAAUGUUUUUCACUUAAUAAUUAAAGUAUCUACUAACUAUUAAACCAUAUACUUUACUUACUUUUUUAUGAUAUUACAGUUCGUAAAUUGUGCAACGUAAUUGAAACACCGAUGUCAUAAAUAUUCAAUAUACAUAUUACACACUUUAUACCAUUUUCACUUUCCUUCAAAUUAAUUUGCAGUAAAUUAAUAUCUACAUUACUUACUAAUUUUAGUUAUAAAAUAUAGUACCUGUUUCACACUAUGGAGAAAAUAAUUGUGGUCCCGUGGUCUUCUGAGUGAGUUUUCUUAUCUAAUGUUUUAAUGCGACACUUAACAUCUGCGUGUUUUAUAUUUUAGAAUAGCGGUUGUGUUUUUUAAGAUUUACAUUUUUAUACUACGUACCUACCUUUUUUUCUUUUAGGUGGCUCUAAAAUUUGUUUAUUGCCGUGAUUAUUAUUAACUGUGUACUAACAUUAGAAAUUACUAGUUAAAUAUUAUGAUAUUUGAUCACAGGUCCGUACUAGCUACACCUAUGGGACAGUUACAGUUAUUACUUAAACCUUAACCAGUAGUGUACCUAAUUAAGGUGUAGUUUUGGGAAUAUCUACUAUCCACUUACCACCCCCAGUGCCACAAAAUGUCCAUAAUUUGUAUCGUGUAUCUAAAAAAAACAUAAACUUUUGACGAAUGAAAAUUAACAAUUUAAUUUCUUUUUUUUCUUUUUUGAAGUAAUUUGUGGUAAUGUUUUGUUCAAUUUCAUCCAUUCUUGUAAUAGAAAAAUGCUUUCAAAAUAUAAAUAGUUGAUACUUCUCACAGGUAGAAUGUACACUGUUUACAGGGCUGGCUUAGAAUAUAUCAAACAAGGCUUCAAUUUUUUCAUUUAAUCUUUCCAACAUUUCUGCUUUUUCGACUUAUAGAUAAAUCUUUAAAAUUUGUCUUUGUCCAUUACUUAUAAUCUAUAUUUUUUAAAUAAUUAUGUGAAAUGAUGAGCUACAAUUUGAACGCAAUGCAGUACUCCUAAAAGCACAGGCUCUGUGCAUGUGCACAUCUUGUUUCACCUUCAACCCAGCCUUAACUAUUAGAAUAACACUGUUUUAAGUGAGUAAUUCUGAAGGUUAGAUAUACAGGGUAUCUGGUUUUUAUUUUUUUACUUCGUAAAUAAGGUGAUCCUCAAAUUAACAAUAUUAAGACCAAUCUAUUGUCAUUUGUUGUAGUUUUUUAGACUUAAUUAAGAACAUUGGUAAUUUAGUUAAUUUUUGGAGUCUUCUUACUAAUUAAAAAAGUGUUAUUUGAAAAAAAAAUAGGGCUGUACUAUUUGAAAUUUCACAAAAUGAUUCAAAUAAAGUACCAUCAGAUUAUAUUUUGCUUAUAAAAAUAAAAAUAGUUUUGCUAGUUUUCAACAUCAGGCGUCAACGGUUGCUGUUAGAAAUUUUUUCAGAAUCCCUGAUUAUAAUAAUAUAGCCACAGAAAAAACUUGUACAAUGCAAUAAUAUGACAAUGUACUAUAAAGUAGUAUUUCUGGAUUUUUAGUUAGAUUAUAUACCUGUUCUUCCCUAUUAAUAUAUCCUCAAAAUUGUAAUUGGACCUAACAAUGUAAUGUGAUAUAAAAGCGCAUUGUAUAUUUGCCCAAUUGCCCGGCAGGCCUGAUUAUAUAAACAAAAUUUAAAAAAAAUCAAUAUAUUCUUAUAAUAUUUAGUACUUUCCAAUUUAUAUAGGUGUAUGUGUGUGAUUAAAAUGAAUAAUUGCCUAUUGUAUAAAAUGUUUAUAAUUUUAGCUCAGAGUGGCAGUUAGUUCGACAAGAUAUAUAUGCUGAUAGAGAUACGAGAAAUUACCAACGAGCUUUAAGACAACUUUUAUUAUGGAAAACUAAGUUAGUUUAGAGGAUUAUUAUUUUUUUAACAUGCUGUUUAAAAAUGAAUUAUAUUUUGUUGUAGAGGAGGCCCAUUGUCUCGAGGUUUACAUUGUACAGAAUUAAUUUUAGAAGUAAUUUCUAAAGAUACUUAUUUCUGUAAUGUUGACGUUAUCAUAAAUACAAGUGAUUUAGUCCGAUUGUAUUCUAUGGCAAUAAUGAAGUAAAUUUUUUAAAUUCUUUGUAGUUAUUAUUAAAUCUUAAUGAUAAAUGUAUGUCCACAAAGAUUUGUCAAUCUCACUGUAGAUGUUUUGGGAAAUGGUCCACAAAAGUCAAUGUACUUCAGAGCGUCACGUCUAGAUAUUCCACCAUGGUUAAUUGAUAUGAGGCACAAAAUUUCACAUGAUCAAGAUUUACCUACACUAGAAUCAUUAAGAGCAGCUACUGAAUUCGCAUUAAAAUGGUUAAAAGUAAAAUUAAAAACAUUAUAUAUUAUAUUAAAAUUAAAACUUUUGAUUAAAAUAAUAACAAUAUUUUUAUUACAUGAUUUCAGACCAAAUAUUGGAAUAAUGAUGAUAAUUUUAAAGUUAUUACAACAAAAUUAUACACGAGUGUCACUGAUGAAUUUAUAGACAUAUUGGAAUUGUAUAUGUUAAAUAAAAUUAAAACCAAUACAAUUGAUAAAGAAGAACGUUUAAAUGCUUUGAAGUAAAAAGAAAUAUAUAUUUUAAGUGUUUUAACAAAUUGAAAUAAAAUAAAAACUAUUUUCUGGUUAUAAUGUUUCAGAACCAAAUUAUCUGUGCCUUCAUUUUCAUAUAAAGAAUGUAUUAAAAAAAUAAAAGAAUUUUUAGCUAAUAAAGUAUACACAUCACAAUUAGUCAAUGCAUUUGUUACACGCUAUUUAAUGAAUGCUCAGGAAUGUAACAGUAUUAAAGGUAUACAAAGGUUUUUUUGUAUUUUCAUAAUUCAUGUUUCAAUUAUAAUUUUCUGUAAACAAUUUAUAAAAAAUAAUAAUUUUCAUAUAUUUAUAUUUUUCUUUUGUAGGUAGAAUUUCUAAAACAGAUAAAGAUGUGUGGAGUGUUUUAUUGAAAUUAUUCACCACUUCUGGUCUAUUGACCAAUUUGUUACAAUGUUUAGUUACUCAGAAUUCUCGUGUUGCUGCUUUAUGGAUCAUUGAACUAUGCAUAGUUGUAUUUAAAAAUAGUAAAAAAAUAGAAAUCAAACAUAAUGAAAAUGAUAACUGUAUGACAUGCAAAACUUUAGAUUUAGAUUCAAACCUUGUUUUAAGAACUGCAUUAAAUUCACCACAUUCACAUACUGUAGUGUUUUUAAAAUGGUAAUUUUAUAUUAAUAAUAAUAAUAAAACCUAUUUGGUUAUUUACUAACAUGUUGAUUGAAUUAUAGGUUAUUACGAAUACAAUCAAAUCCAUUAAAAGUAAAACAAGAGUACAAUAUUGUCAAAUUAGUAAAAUUAUAUACAAGUUCAGUAAAGAUUAACUCUCAAAAUACUGCAAAGGUUUUUACAAUCAAAGAUUUAACUAACAAAAACAGUAAUUUACAAUCUCAAUGGUCAUUAGCCUUAGGUGAGUUAUUGUUAUUAUUUUAUGUUUGUUUUUCAUAAUUUAUUCAGGUACAUAUUAUACAAUUAUAAAACUUACAAAAUUCAAUUAAAUCUUUUUUAUAAUAUUGUAGUUGGAGUUUGUAUUGUAGUUAAUUUUGAGGAAUGCCUGAGUAAUAUAAGAAAUUGAUGGUAAAUAGUUAAAAUAAUGUAAAAAUUUGAUGAAUUUCAGAAACUAAAAUAUUGAAAGUUUUGAUCAUAUCAGAUGGUUUUAUUGUUAGGAUGGUAUUCUUUUUUCAACAAGCUUAAUCUUAAAAUUAUAUAAUUUAGAUUUAUUUAUUAAAUAGAACAAGUCGUUAUUUUAUUGUAAUCAUUUAUUAUCAUUUUUUUUUUCAUUUUCCAGGUGAAAUGAAUUGGAAACAAAUAUCAUUUGGUACUAUUCUGUAAACAUAUUUUAUAACAUUUUAAACAAUUUUUAUUUUAUGUCUUAUAGCUAUGAAAUAUAAAUAUUACUGUUAAUCAUUUUACGUGAGUUUUGUUGGCAGUUGUGUAAUUCACUAUAGUUGUUACUUACAAAUUUCUUAAAUUAUGGGACUAGGCGUAUUCACAUUUGCUACAUGUAACAAAAGUAGGCAAUUUUGGAUACUGUGUACAAUAAAACAAUUAUUUUAAACUGAGUAUAUUAUAUGUUUUACUGUGUCAUAUAACACACAGCUAGCAAUACAAUUGGUAUACACAUGACUAGUAUAUUAAUUUAGUCUGUGUAAUAUACUCAGUGGUGUAUUGGAAAUUAUUUUCUGUAUUCUAUGCAAUUAUUAUGGUAAAUAUACUAGAGCAUUAAGAAGUUAUCAUAACUACAAACCUUACAAAGCUAUUUUUAUUUAAAGUAAAAAAGGCAAACUAUCGAUAAAAAUAGUAAUCUAUAAUUCAAUUUUAUUUACACAUUUAAUUUAUUAAGAAAAUAAAACAAUAAAUUUAUAUAAAAUAAAUUACUAAUUCGCUAUGCAUAUAAAUGUAACCAAAUGCAUGGUUUUUUUUUUGAAGUACAAUUGUAUACUCAUAAUAUAAUAUUUUUAUUUGAUUCAUACAAAAUAGACCUUCAAAUACACCACUGAACAUAUCAUUAUAGCAUUUAAACGACCAAGUGCAAAACAAAACAGACAGAUUGUAUACUGAUGAGUUAGCAUUUAAACUAUUUAAACAACAAAUAACAUUUAUAAUAAAAAUAAAACAGACAUAUUACGGAAAGCAGCAUUGUAUGACUAAUUUAGUCUUAAACAAUAAGUCAGUAUUAUAGUAACAUGUUAUGAGGUUCUUCUAUGUAUCGUCUAAAUGCUUGUAACCAUUGGGCUCCUACAGCACCAUCUACUACUCUAUGAUCACAACUUAAUGUCACUUGUAAUGUAUCUUGUGCACGUGUUCCAUUAGUCUUAUCUGGUACAAGUCGCUGAGUCAUAGAGCCGAUUCCGAGUAUACACGAUUGAGGUGGAUUAAUUAUUGAUGACACACUCUUCACACCAAACAUUCCCAAAUUUGAAACACUAAAUGUACCUCCCUGCAAUAAAAAAAAUAUAUAUAUUUACACAACGUAAAGAUUUUAAUUUAUCAAAACCUUUUAAAAUAAUACCUGGUAUUCUUGAGGCUGUAGUUUACCUUCUCUGGCUUUAGCAGCAAGUUGUUUAAUAUCGGUACUUAUUGCCACUAACCCUUUAGUAUCUGCAUUAAAUACAAUUGGUGUUAUAAGUCCAGUUUCAGUACUCACAGCAACACUUACGUCAACUGCGUCAUAUCUGC